AUUCAGGGACGUUCAGUGGCGCCGCGACGCUCCUUGGUUUGACUUUUAUUUUUCAGUUGAGUUCCCCGACUCGGAGACUUAAGCGUGUCGUGAGUAUAGAGUUUCGAGUUUGGGGUGAAGGGAUUAGGGAAGAGGUCUUGGGAAGAAAAUCUGAUGAGGGAGAAAUAACUGCGGAAGCAGUGCGGAGGAGAGGGACGUGGGCCUGGAAUUUGGGGUCUGUGGAGGUGCUGGGGACAGGGAGAGGAAAGUUCGAAUCUGCAAAGGGAGAGACCUCGCGAGUGCUGGAGGGUUGGGACCUGGAGCAGUGAGGGAGUCGAGAAUGGGAUGAAUUGGAAAAAGGAGUACAAGAUUCGGACGUCCUGGAGGACUGAAGAUUUUAAGCAGAUUAUACCAGAUAGAGGAACAUAACGGAACAUCAUCUGACUUGCUCAGAAUCAGAAGUGAGUGACAGAGCAUGCUUGAUAAGAAAGCUUUCACCAAAGCAAUAAAAAAUCAUCCUCUCUUCCCCUCUCCGCCCCCCACCCCCUGUCAGUCAUGUAACAUGGUGUGAAAAAGACAGCAUGAACUUUACCCCAACACACACCCCUGUCUGCAGAAAGCGAACAGUUGUCUCCAAACGUGGUGUUGCCAUCAGUGAUUCCACCAAGAGGAGGGGAAUGGCAGAUUCACCGGAGUCAACCCCCUUGCCUUCCCUAGAAGAUCGCCUGGCCAAACUCUGUCCUUCUAAGGAGCUCUUUGAAUAUUAUCAAAAGAAGAUGGCUGAGUGUGAGGCAGAAAAUGAGGACUUAUUGAAGAAACUGGAACUCUACAAAGAAACUUGUGAAGUACAGCAUAAACUUGAAUGUGAUUUACAGCAGAGAGAGGAAGAGAUUGCUGAAUUGCAGAAAGCUCUAAGUGAUAUGCAGGUCUGCCUCUUCCAAGAACGGGAACAUGUUUUACGCCUCUACUCAGAAAAUGACCGACUGAGAAUCAGGGAACUAGAAGACAAGAAAAAGAUCCAGAAUCUCUUGGCUCUUGUGGGAACAGACGCUGGAGAAGUGACCUAUUUUUGUAAGGAGCCUCCUCACAAAGUCACCAUUCUCCAAAAGACUAUCCAGGUUGUGGGUGAAUGUGAGCAGAGUGAAUCUUCAGCUUUCAAAGCAGAUCCUAAAAUAAGCAAAAGAAGACCAUCAAGAGAGAGAGAAGAAAGUUCUGGGCAUUAUCAAAGAGACAUACAGACGCUGAUCCUACAGGUGGAAGCACUGCAGGCUCAGCUGGGAGAACAGACCAAACUUUCUCGAGAACAAAUGGAAGGGCUCAUGGAGGAUAGACGGAUUCGCCUCGAGGAAAUACAAGUUCAGCACCAGAGAAAUCAGGACAAAAUCAAAGAACUAACCAGAAAUCUUCACCAUACCCAAGAACUGCUCUAUGAGAGCACCAAAGAUUUUCUGCAACUCAGAUCUGAAAACCAAAAUAAAGAGAAGUCAUGGAUGCUUGAAAAAGAUCAUUUGAUGUCAAAGAUUAAGCAAUAUAGGGUGCAGUGUAAGAAGAAAGAAGAUAAAAUUGGAAAAGUGUUGCCUGUUAUGCAUGAGAGUCAUCAUGCCCAAAGUGAAUAUAUUAAGUCCCUAAAAGACAAGUUAGUACAAGAGAAAAAGCUCUCCAAUAUGUAUCAAGAGCAGUGCAUUUCCUUAGAAGAAGAACUUGCCCGAAUUCGUGAGGAAGAGGGAAUGAGGAGAGAGAUCUUCAAGGAUCGCACUAACAAAUUGGGGAAGCGUUUGCAGAUAAUGACAAAACGCUAUGAAGCAUUGGAGCAGCGACGUAUCUUGGAAGUAGAAGGCUUUAAGACAGAUAUUAAGGUUCUCCGACAGAAACUGAAAGACUUGGAGCAAAUGUUGUAUAAGGUAACAGUUAAUGCCCUGGCAAAUCAGGAUCUCGCCAUUCUGUGUGAAGUCCGUGACAGCAAUAGACGGGCACAUAAGAUACAAGGAGAAUUGAAGAAUCUUAAGUCCAAAGUGUUUGGUCUGGAGAAUGAACUUAGAGUCUGUUGAUGUCUACUUUUGGAAAUGGCCCCCAUUUGGAAGAGGUGUGCUUCUUGCAACCUGAGGACAAGGUCAUCUGCUGCCAGAAAAUGUAGACCUGAGUUGACUAGAGUGGUGGUAUUCAUUAUUAUAAAGACAGGGUGA